AUGGCUAGCGACCCGAAAGAGGUCGAGCGGGAUGUCGCGCCCGCUUCAGGACCACCAGCGGAGCGCCCGACUGCCAUCUGGACGCGGCGUUUCGUGAUUCUGGCUUUCUGGGCAGUCGUUGUUUGCUUAGGCUUGCCUUUAUGGACAUGGACCACGACCAUUCAUCGAUCUGAGCUGCCAUUGGAAUCGAUGAAUGCUUGGGCUGAAGGCCAUGCUUGCAAAUUCCAUUUUCCACUGCAAAUAUCCCUGUCUGCUAGCCACCUGUCUGCAGAACUCCGAAGGGAUGUGGCUUCUCGAACUCAAGACUUGCUCAACGGUCGAGGAACAGGCUCACUUCACACUUUUAACGUGAGCUUUGAUGAAGCUCGCAAUACAACUGCGCUUGUCGUCUUCUUGACCAACCAACAGCCAGACGAGCCACCCAAAGCGAAGCUACGUACCUGGGAGCCUGUCUUAGACGCUGAGGUCAACAUCGACACUGCGGACGCAGUCGCAGAUACCGCAAUCUUCCUCGCACAACAAAUUUCUGAUUUGUUCGACGACGAGGGCGCCUUUCUAGCGUCGCUGCUCCACAGCAGUCCAUUUGAGAGCUCCAGCCAUCAGCUACAAUCUUUCGAGCAACAGGCAAAGCUUGAUGGCCGUAAUACACGAGCAUUCAAAUAUGCCUCGACAUAUCACUUGACCUUUUCACUCAUCACGCCUCAUGGCUCGCCCUCGGCAUGGGAAAUUGAACAGGCCUUGAGCGAGAGCAUAUCCAAGCUCAUCAAGCCGCUUUCCGCGAUCAGCCAUUUUGUUGUCAACACCCAGGUUCAGCUCUUCGCGCGGUUCUCGCCAUCCAUCGCAGGUCCGACGUUUGACAGCGCCAACAACAGAUGGAAGCUCCAACAUGAAGAUCUUUCAGGCUUUGUGAAUGCUGCAGAGUGGCCUCUGAGCCCAAGCAUCGGCUCAGGGCCGACCAUCAACUUCAUACUCUACGUACCAGCUCCGGAUCAAAAUCCUCUCUCCAUCGGCGAGAGUGGACAAACCAGCUGGAUCAUCCCACAGUGGGGUGGCGUUCAGGUUCACAACGCGCUGAAUAACACGGCAGGCAGGCUCACUGCACAAGACCUCGAAGAUGACAUGCUCGUGUUCGCUGAGCAGCUCACUACGCUUUUGGGGGUCCCGCAAACACCUCCGUCGCUGUCGCUGAGAAUUUCAAGCCUUGCACGCGAACGGGCUACGUCCCUCAUCCUAUCGGCAUCCUCUACUCUAGGCGCUCUCGCACGGCUAACGCUUAAGCUCACAUCUAUCGCCAUUCCUGAUUCCGUUGCCAAAUCAGUCGACGCAACUAUAUACAGGCUCGAUCAAGCCUGCCGGAAUCUCAACGCAGGACAGUCCAAUGGCCGUGCCGUUGGUCAUGGCUGGGUUGAAGGAGAUCCGGAGGUUACGAGAAAGAAAAGUGAAGACCUCGUGAAAUCUAAGCAUUCUCUCAAGUCCAUAUCUUAG